AUGUAUUGUGCUGAAGGUUCAAAGCCGGCAUUUAGUCGCCGUUUAGCGCUCUUCCAUAAUUUCCCCACCGAGGCGGGAGUAGAACAGAUUGAAUGGAUUGAUAUAAGACCUACGGCAAGUCCGGUACACGGAGGUGCUGUAGAAUUUAAUAUCUCGGGUUCUGGUACCAAUUAUAUUGAUUUACAAAGAACAAGAUUGUAUGUACGAUUGAGACUUUUACACGAAGAUGGUACAGUUUUAGGAGAAAAAGAAAAAGUCGGUCUGAUUAACUUACCCUUACAUUCUAUGUGGAAUCAAGUAGACAUUUCUCUACAACAACAAAUCAUAACGCCCAGUGUUUCUAAUAAUUACGCAUACAAAGCCUAUUUAGACAUGCUUUUAAAGCACGGUACUCUUUCAAACGAUCCUGAAUGUCAGACACAGCUUUACAUUCAAGAUAGUGCGGGCAGUUUUGACCAAGCCGAUCCAGUUUCCGGUUCUAAUAUGGGACUCUAUAUAAGAAGUACCUUCACAGAGAACAGUAAAAGUUUAGAUUUAGAGGGACCCGUCUUCAUGGAUAUUUGUCAACAGGAACGUUUUAUAAUUAAUGGAAUUCAAGUAGGGGUUAAACUCUGGCCUGCGAGAGAAACAUUUUGUCUUAUGUCAGCUGAAAACCCGACUCGAUAUAAGCUUCAAAUAGAAGACUGUAUUUUGAAGUGUUGUUAUGUAAAGAUUAAUCCUGGAGUCAUUCUCGGUCACAACGAGGUUCUUUUGAAGCAACCUGCUAUUUACCCACUUCGUCGCUCCGACCUGAAAUGCUUUACUAUAGCUGCUGGGCAAUUUCACAUGAAUAUCGAUGACGUUUUUCAAGGAGAUAUUCCGGAACGAUUAGUAGUUGGUCUCGUUUCUUCCAGAGCAUACAGCGGUGACUAUGCUCUCAACCCUUUUAAUUUUCAGCAUUUUCAUUGUAAUUCUGCAGCUUUGUAUGUAGAUGGAAAGUCUGUACCAACAAAUCCGCUGGAAUCUAAUUACAACAGAGGAACUUACAUCUCCGCUUACCUCUCGUUGUUCUCCGGAAAUCGUAUUAAAACUACUGGUCAUCAAUUUUCUCUCAGUCGCGAAGAUUACGCUAAGGGAUAUUGUUUGUAUAUGUUUGAUGUAAAUAGUACUUACGACAGUAAAAAUAAUCUACCCCUGCUCAGGAAAGGUCACACCAGAUUACAGCUAAAAUUUGAUACCGCUCUACAAGAAGCUGUGACCUGCAUAUGUUAUGCGCAUUUUCCUUCCGUUUUAAAGAUUGACGCUGCGCGUAACGUCGAUACCAAGUAA